AUGGCUGCACGCUCUGUGAUACCCGGCACUGUGCACCUUGUCGACUUACAGGGUACUCUAGCUGUCAAGCAUGCGGGAGGGAACCUCGACGAUGUGGUGCUGGUGCCUGCUCCGUCCAAUGAUCCAGAUGACCCUUUGAAUUGGUCACCGAGGCGAAAGUUGCUGUCCACGGUCUCCUUGGUUGUGUAUCUCUUGAUGAUAGGGUUGGCAGUGUCUUGUGUCUACUCAAUCAUUGUGCCAAUCUCGCAAGACACUGGUCUUACCGUGGCUGAUCUCAAUUCUGGAACUGGCUAUCAAUUUCUAUUGAUGGGUUGGGGUUGCUUGCUAUGGCAGCCUACAGCUCAAACAUUCGGCAAACGACCCGUCUACCUUCUAUCACUAUUGCUAUCCAUCGGCAUAACUGUAUCGGUUCCCUACGUCAGGACUGCAGGCUCCUGGUGGGCGCUCAAGGUGCUUCAAGGACUUUUGGCAGCCCCCAGUGAGUCGUUGGCCGAAAUUUCCAUCUCCGAUAUAUACUUUUCUCAUCAGCGUGGAACGUAUAUGGCGAUAUACGCUCUGACGUUGUACACGGCUGGCUUUCUCGCACCGGUCUUUUCUGGCUUCAUCAAUGAUGCCAUGGGCUGGGAGUGGGUACAGUACUGGUGCACCAUUUGGCUCGCAAUUGGUUUUGUGUUCUGUUUCCUUUUCCUGGAGGAGACAAACUACAACCGACCCUCGAUCCUCAAUGACGAAGCACAGUUAGCUGCGGCAGCUACCGGAUCAAACCCUGAUGAAGAGACCAAAUCCUACAGCGACAAGCCUGGCACCAUUGAGGAGACCUAUGCUGAACAGAUGCCGAGUCAUACCCAGUAUGAGAAGAAAAACUAUCUGGCAAAACUCAAAGUUUUCGACAGACGAAGACCACUCCGACAUUUCUUAUUCGGUGUGGUGCGUCCACUCAAACUCAUGACAUUUCCUGUCAUUGCUUAUUGCGGUUUCAACUAUGGUGCUUCCUUGAUUUGGUACAACGUCCUGAACGCGACCUCGUCUCUGAUUCUCAGUGGCGCGCCAUACAAUUUUGCCCCUUCCAUGGUAGGACUGACAUACUUCUCGCCUAUCAUCGGAACUUUUAUAGGCUCUUUCAUCUCCGGCAAAUUAGGCGACAGACUUGUUCUACGACUUGCCCGCCGCAACAAGGGUAUCUGGGAGUCUGAGCAGCGUCUUUGGCUUUACCUCAUCCUUGUUGUUGUGGUGCCGUGGUCUUUGAUUCAAUGGGGUGUCGGCGCUGCUCACGGCAUUCACUGGUUCGGCCUGGUUUUUGCCAUGGGCGUCACAGGUGUGGCUUGCUCAGUCGGUGCUCAGCUGGCCAUCUCCUACUGCAUCGAUACGUACAAGGACUUGGGUGCAGAUGCUAUUGUCAGCGUCAUAUGCAUCCGAAACACCAUGAGCUUCGCAAUUGGUUAUGGAGUCACUCCCUGGGUUGUCAAUUUGGGAUACCAGAACGCAUUCCUGGUUGCUGCUUUUGCAGGGCUUGCGCAAGUCCUCACCUUCUUGGUUUUCAUCAAAUGGGGUGCCAAAAUGAGGGCGGCGUCUGCUGAGCGUUAUCGCGAGGAGGUCCAGAGGGCGGAGAAAUUGGGAAUUGCACAUUAUGCUCUCUACGACGAUCUCGUUGACAGAAUUGCAAGCCUGGAGUCUCUACUAAGGCAGCAUAUUGACGAGGAUAUUGCAUGUCACAGGAAUACGAUUCCCCUGACUCCCACUGGGGUUUCGAGCGAUGCAUCAAGCUCCCCAAAUAUUUCAGCAUACGCAGCCACAGACGCCAGUUUGCCACCAUCAUCAUCGUUCCCAUUGACGGGCUCCCUGUUAAAGUCACCAGGGGGUUAUGUUCGCUUUAUCCCCCAUACCGAGUCCUUCAACUCCGAAGAUAUAGCAGCAUUCAUGCAAGGUGAAAGCCCAUCAUCGCCAACGAGUACGGCUGCCUUUCCGUUUUCUGUUGAGUCUACAGUUUCUAGACAGGCUCUCUUAGAACUUCUGCCUUCUAAUCGCCAGUGCGACGAGUUGAUGCAGAGGUUUUUCACUGUCUUUUCACCUUUGUUUCACGUUCUCCAUGAUCCCACGUUGCGAACUGAAUACGCCGAAUUCUGCAAGUCUCCUGGUCAAGUCCCACUGGCGUUCCUGGCACUACUUUUCGUCGUUCUCGCUAUUGCCGUUCUAACCUUGGAGAUUGACGAUCCUCUACUGCAAGAACUCAGUCGCGAGGGAUCUGGCAUAGCCAGGAUUCGUAGCAUAGCUUCCAGAUAUCGGCAGGCUGCUACGAAAUGCUUGUCCGCUGAUCAGUUUAUGCUGCAGCACAACUUGUACACUGUGAAGGCACUGGUGUUGUUGAUUUAUGCCAUGUCUCAUACUGACGGUCCAACCUGGCCGUUGCUGGGCUUGACCUUGCACAUCGCCACAGCCAUUGGCUGCCACAUCGAUCCAAACCAUCUGGGUGUCGGCCCAGUCGAAGCCGAGGAGAGACGCCGCUGCUGGGCCGGCUUGAAAAUGCUGUAUCAAAAUCAGGCCACAUGCAUGGGCAAUCUGUUGCCGAAUCCGGUCUCUGCUGAUGUUGACCUCCCCGCAGAUGUCAACGACGAUGAGAUCAAUGAAAACGGUGUCCACGUUCCUUGCCUUGCUCCCUAUCACACUAGGCCACCUACACAGAUGACUUAUAUUCUUUACAAAUUUCGGCUUUACAAAGUGGCGACCGAUGUCUGCCGCGCCACCCUCGAUUUCUUACCAUUACAGAGCCCAUUAUUACGAUCUCUUGACGCCAGGAUAACUCAAGAGCAGAAAGAACUUACCAGAAGGUUCUCCAACUUCCAGAACUUGCCUCUUCACCACCAAGCAAACAUGCAGAUUCUCAAAAACUACACAAACCAGUUAUAUCUCAUCCUACACCGACCCUACUUGAGGAAUAACAAUUCAAUACAGCAGCGUGCUGAAGCAGUCGACGUUGAACUCAUGAAGAAGAGUCGAAGACAGUGCAAGACUGCUGCCAUGGCGAUUCUGGAUAGCCAUGAGGAACUCUAUGAAACUGCUGGAUUUCGCAACUACUACUGGUAUGUCUCUCGAUUAGGCAGCUUCAACGCUUUCCUGGGUGCGUCCACCCUUCUUACAAUGCUUCUUGAUCCACAAAUUCUACCUCUCAGCGACGAAGAAUACUUUUUUAUCUUGGCUAUGGUUCAACGCUGCAGUCAACGACUCGAAGCUAUGUCGGAGAGAAGUGAAGUAUGUGCCAAAGCCUUUCCGAUUCUUCGACGCAUUCUUGGAAAGGCAGAGCAGCAUGCACGGGGACGCAUCAGCGCAGACGUCGUCAUGCCAGAGAUAUUGGGCAACGCUGUGCCCUUCGGCGUGGUCCGAGAACCGAAUCUGGUCGGCUCUUCGAUAACACCCCCAAUGGAUAAUCCAAUUCCCGCUGUUGACCUUGACGGCUGGACAUUACAUCCAGAGCUGAAUGCGAUCAUGAGCCAUCUCCCUCCCGAACAGUGGCUUGCCCCAUCAUCGUUCAACUGGGACCGUUGCUGGAUUCCGGAUGUUGUUCAGACGAGUACAGUGAUACCGGAUUCCUGGAGCUGA